UUGCAAAGAGGGCAUCGAAAUGACCUACACCUCUUUACCACUUUGACCAACAUUAACCAGUUAAAGCUGUAUACGGGAUGAUUGGAAGGUUAUUAAGGACACAGAGAAGGUGCUACUCCAAAUCCACAAAGGAUAUACUUGAAACCCUCACAGCUGCUUCGAAGAAGUCGUCACAGACUGAUUACUGGGCUCAGCUGCGAAAGAGCACCCAAGAUGACCGUUCAACAAAGAAGCACUUCAAACCAAAAACACAUCCACAAGCUGCUUCGCACGCUUCACAGGGCGGAAAUACUCACUAUAAGAAGCCACAGAAGAAAGUAAAUGACCCUUACGCACACUUUGACCCAAAGACUUUCAAAUACUCGGAAUCGCUAUCCCUGCGAGAGAAUGAAUACUAUACGGAUCUGUUCAAAAGGGUGUAUGAGGUGAAUCCUCAGUUUCAAGUGCUCAAAGUUGGGGAUGAAGGCUCUCCAAAGAAGUGUCAUUUCAAACAAGUGCUGAAAGAAUUGCAGGACGAUGAAACUGUGGACAUUGUUGACAUUCAAACUGUAAAGGAUCACAAAUAUCCACUUCUUAGAUUGAUGAAUAAAGAAUCAGUCUUGAAAACUUUUGCUGAAAAGAGAUCCAUGGAGAUCUCCAAACUGUACGGGCGUACAAGAGAGAAGAAGAGAGACUCGAAUGUAAAGUUUGUCAAAGUCUCAUGGGAGAUUAGCCCGAUGGACUUGGAGAACCAGAAAUGUAAUGAAAUCUUGUCACACUUGAAGAAAAAUUACAAGCUGACAAUUGCUAUUGAUUCAAAGGACAAUUUCAACGAUAUGAGAGGAGCAUUCGAUGUUAGUGAAGCAUCAAAUGUUGAAAAGUCCAAAAAGUUGAACGACCUGGAAAUGAUCAAAAGAGAGAAAACCUUGACCAAAUUGAAAGAUAUCUUAGCUGAUGUAGCUGAAGUGGAGACAUCUGGUAACAUUGGUGGGAGAAUCGUGUUGACAGUCAUUCCAAUGGCUAAGGACUCAAAGAAUACUGACAAGAAAUCGUCCAAGGAUCAGAAGAAGUUGGAAAGAAUCCUGAAGCAAAAACAAAGAGAAGAGAAGAAGAAAGCAGAGAUGGAGGCCAGGGCUAAAGAGUUUGAAAAAAUACAGGCAAAUACACUAUCAUAGUUUGUACAUAUAUAUAUAUAUAGCACACAUAACCUUGUACAUAUGCUCUU